AUGAACUUUCUUAGUGUUGAAAUAUUAAUCGAACUCAAUUACACAACUUGGAAAGAAUUGAUUAAAACUAUGUUCGUGGUUAACAAUCCUAACUUCGUCUUGACUGAGGAAUGUCCUCCAGUUCCAACCCUUGAUGCAACAUCAAAUGUUCAUGAUGCAUACAAAAGGUGGACGAAUGUCAAUCUUAAAGCUCGAGUUCACAUUUUGGCAAGCAUAUCUGAUACCUUGGCCAAAAGAUUUGAGAGCAUGGUCACUGUACUUCAGAUUAUGCAAUCAAUGCAAGAGUUUUUUGAGCGAGUGUCCUCACAAUUCAAGCGGGAUAGGGUUGAUAUAGAUGAAACCGGUAAUGUCAGCUCCUUAUUUGUACUUCGAUAA